AUGGACAACAUGGACGAAACUGAGGCGAAAGAGAAGGUAGGGACUUGUGACACCGAAGUGACUGACGAUGCAACAUUGGUUGAGCUAGAACCAUCUUUUCCAGAAGAUACCAUUGUAUUGUUUGCAGAAACUGCAGACAUAUAA